CAGGCGUCCAACCUGCUGCCGCUUGGGCCCCGCCGAGCGGAGCUAGCGCCGCGCGCAGAGCACACGCUCGCGCUCCAGCUCCCCUCCUGCGCGGUUCAUGACUGUGUCCCCUGACCGCAGCCUCUGCGAGCCCCCGCCGCAGGACCGCGGCCCGCUCCCCGCCGCCGCGAGGGCCCCGAGCGAAGGAAGGAAGGGAGGCGCGCUGUGCGCCCCGCGGAGCCCGCGAACCCCGCUCGCUGCCGGCUGCCCAGCCUGGCUGGCACCAUGCUGCCCGCGCGCUGCGCCCGCCUGCUCACGCCCCACUUGCUGCUGGUGUUGGUGCAGCUGUCCCCUGCUCGCGGCCACCGCACCACAGGCCCCAGGUUUCUAAUAAGUGACCGUGACCCUCAGUGCAACCUCCACUGCUCCAGGACUCAACCCAAACCCAUCUGUGCCUCUGAUGGCAGGUCCUACGAGUCCAUGUGUGAGUACCAGCGAGCCAAGUGCCGAGACCCGACCCUGGGCGUGGUGCAUCGAGGUAGAUGCAAAGAUGCUGGCCAGAGCAAGUGUCGCCUGGAGCGGGCUCAAGCCCUGGAGCAAGCCAAGAAGCCUCAGGAAGCUGUGUUUGUCCCAGAGUGUGGCGAGGAUGGCUCCUUUACCCAGGUGCAGUGCCAUACUUACACUGGGUACUGCUGGUGUGUCACCCCGGAUGGGAAGCCCAUCAGUGGCUCUUCUGUGCAGAAUAAAACUCCUGUAUGUUCAGGUUCAGUCACCGACAAGCCCUUGAGCCAGGGUAACUCAGGAAGGAAAGUCUCCUUUCGAUUCUUUUUAACCCUCAAUUCAGAUGACGGGUCUAAGCCGACGCCCACGAUGGAGACCCAGCCGGUGUUCGAUGGAGAUGAAAUCACAGCCCCAACUCUAUGGAUUAAACACUUGGUGAUCAAGGACUCCAAACUGAACAACACCAACAUAAGAAAUUCAGAGAAAGUCUACUCAUGUGACCAGGAGAGGCAGAGUGCCCUGGAAGAGGCCCGGCAGAAUCCCCGUGAGGGUAUUGUCAUCCCUGAGUGUGCCCCUGGGGGACUCUAUAAGCCAGUGCAAUGCCACCAGUCCACUGGCUACUGCUGGUGUGUGCUGGUGGACACAGGGCGCCCGCUGCCUGGGACCUCCACACGCUACGUGAUGCCCAGUUGUGAGAGCGACGCCAGGGCCAAGACUACAGAGGCGGAUGACCCCUUCAAGGACAGGGAGCUACCAGGCUGUCCAGAAGGGAAGAAAAUGGAGUUUAUCACCAGCCUACUGGAUGCUCUCACCACUGACAUGGUUCAGGCCAUUAACUCAGCAGCGCCCACUGGAGGUGGGAGGUUCUCAGAGCCAGACCCCAGCCACACCCUGGAGGAGCGGGUAGUGCACUGGUAUUUCAGCCAGCUGGACAGCAAUAGCAGCAACGACAUUAACAAGCGGGAGAUGAAGCCCUUCAAGCGCUAUGUGAAGAAGAAAGCCAAGCCCAAGAAAUGUGCCCGGCGUUUCACCGACUACUGUGACCUGAACAAAGACAAGGUCAUUUCACUGCCUGAGCUGAAGGGCUGCCUGGGUGUUAGCAAAGAAGUAGGACGCCUCGUCUAAGGAGCAGAAAACCCAAGGGCAGGUGGAGAGUCCAGGGAGGCAGGAUGGAUCACCAGACACCUAACCUUCAGCGUUGCCCAUGGCCCUGCCACAUCCUGUGUAACAUAAGUGGUGCCCACCAUGUUUGCACUUUUAAUAACUCUCACUUGCGUGUUUUGUUUUUGGUUUCAUUUUAAAACAUCAAUAUCUAAUACCACAGUGGGAAAAGGAAAGGGAAGAAAGACUUUAUUCUCUCUCUUAUUGUAAGUUUUUGGAUCUGCUACUGACAACUUUUAGGGGGUUUUGGGGGUUGGGGGAGGGUGUUGUUGGGGCUGAGAAGAAAGAGAUUUAUAUGCUGUAUAUAAAUAUAUAUGUAAAUUGUAUAGUUCUUUUGUACAGGCGUUGGCAUUGCUGUUUGUUUAUUUCCCUCCCUCUGCCUGCUGUGGGUGGUGGGCGCUCUGGACACAUAGUCCAGCUUUCUAAAAUCCAGGACUCUAUCCUGGGCCUACUAAACUUCUGUUUGGAGACUGACCCUUGUGUAUAAAGACGGGAGUCCUGCAAUUGUACUGUGGACUCCACGAGUUCUUUUCUGGUGGGAGGACUAUAUUGCCCCAUGCCAUUAGUUGUCAAAAUUGAUAAGUCACUUGGCUCUCGGCCUUGUCCAGGGAGGUUGGGCUAAGGAGAGACGGAAACUGCCCUUGGAGAGGAAGGGAGUCCAGAUCCCUUGAAUAGCCCACACAGGUACUGGCUCUCGGAGGGUCCGUGCAUUCCUGCUCUCCGGACCCCCAAAGGGCCCAGCAUUGGUGGGUGCACCAGUAUCUUAGUGACCCUUGGAGCAAAUUAUCCACAAAGGAUUUGCAUUAUGUCACUCGAAACGUUUUCAUCCAUGCUUAGCAUCUACUCUGUAUAACACAUGAGAGGGGAGGCGAAGAAGAAGACGCACAGAAGGGCCUUUUAAAAAGUAGAUAUUUAAUAUCUAAGCAGGGGAGGGGACAGGACAGUAAGCCUGCACUGAGGGGUGUGGUGCCAACAGUUAAACUCUUCACCUCCCUGCAAACCUACCAGUGAGGCUCCCAGAGACACAGCUGUCUCAGUGCCAGGGGCAGACUGGGUGUGACCUCUCCACUCCUCCAUCUCCCAAUGUUGUUCUAGUGGCUAUCACAGGCCUGGGUGGGUGGGUUGGGGGAGGUGUCAGUCACCUCGUUGGUAACACUAAAGUUGUUUUGUUGGUUUUUUAAAAACCCAAUACUGAGGUUCUUCCUGUUCCCUCAAGUUUUCUUAUGGGCUUCCAGGCUUUAAGCUAAUUCCAGAAGUAAAACUGAUCUUGGGUUUCCUAUUCUGCCUCCCCUAGAAGGGCAGGGGUGAUAACCCAGCUAUGGGGAAAUCCCCGCCCAGCUUUCCACAGGCAUCACAGGCAUCUUCCCCAGAUUCUAGGGUGGGCUGCCCAGCCUUCUGGUCUGAGGUGCAGCUCCCUCUGCCCAGGUGCUGUGCCUAUUCAAGUGGCCUUCAGGCAGAGCAGCAAGUGACCCUUAGCACCCCUUCCAAUAAGCAGCUGUGGUGGCAGUGAGGGAGGUUGGGUAGCCCUGGACUGGUGCCCUCCUCAGAUCACCCUUGCAAACCUGGCCUCAUCUUGUAUUCCAACCUGACAUCCCUAAAAGUACCUCCACCCGUUCCAGGUCUGGAAGGCACUGGCACCACAAGCACUGUCCCUGUGGGAGGAGCACAGCCUUCUCGGGACAGGAUCUGAUGCGGUCUUGGGCUAAAGGAGGUCCCUGCUGUCCUGGAGAAAGUCCUAGAGGUUAUCUCAGGAAUGACUGGUAGCCUCGCCCCAACGUGGAAAGGUGGGAAGGAAGCCUCCUCCCGUUAGCCCCAAUGAGAGAACUCAACGUGCCGGAGCUGAGUGGGCCUUGCACGAUACCCUGGCCCCACUUUCAGGCCUGGAGGAAGCAUGCACACAUGGAGACGGCACCUGCCUGUAGAUGUUUGGAUCUUCGAGAUCUCCCCAGGCAUCUUGUCUCCCACAGGAUCGUGUGUGUAGGCGGUGUUGUGUGGUUUUCCUUUGUGAAGGAGAGAGGGAAACUAUUUGUAGCUUGUUUUAUACAAAAUAAAAAAUGGGUAAACCUUG